AUCGCAUGUUAGUAAACUGUGAUAAAGAAUCCCAAAAGUCUGUUCCUCGCGCUUUCUGAAACCUCGUUGAAGACACAAUGGCUCGAGAGGGUGCACUGUGGAUGGGUGAUCUGGCAGAUUACAUGGAUGAAAACUUCAUCAUUGCCGCUUUCCGUGCUCUUGGUGAGGAGAAUGUUCAGAAUGUGAAGGUGAUGAAGAACAGGUACACAGGCCACCCAGCUGGCUACUGCUUUGUCAACUUCUCCUCUGACCAGGCUGCGUUGACUGCCAUGCACAAGCUCAACGGGAAGGUCAUUCCACACAGUCAGCCGGUGCUCCGCAAGACAUGCAGAUCCCAAAAGAACCUAUAUUUAGUAUAG